AUUUUAUAAGAAAUUUAUAAGAUGGACGAAGUGGUUCAGGAGAUUGUUAAGUGUGAUUUUGGGCAAACGGCCAGGGAUGUAGUGAAGGUUCUGCAGGAUUAUGGCGGCAUGACGGUAGGGAAGAUUACGAAGUUGGUGCAGUAUGAGAGGAUUGAUGUGAAGAAUGUGUUGAUUGUGUUGAUAAAGCAUGGAUUGAUAGACUUUAAGGCAGCAAAUGAGGGUUUGGAGGUUGCUGGCGAUCAAGAUUUUAAAGUAUAUGAUAUCAAGAAUGACCAGAUUUUCAAUAGAUUGAGGUUUGGCAGAUUUCUUACAAUGGAUUUGAAGAUAGAGGGAGAAGCAACAAGAACUCUUGAGGAGAAUAGAGAAAUUUUACUUAAAAUAAUCGAAGUAGGAUCUCUUAAAGGAACACCUGAAAUGACAGACCUCGCUAAAAGCGGCUACAUAGUUCAAGCAGAAUAUGACAUUCAAUUAGGACUUCAAGCAGAAGAGGAUGAUGGAGAAGAAAAAUAUAAACUCGAAGAAGAACUGAAAGCAGAACAAGAGGCUGAGACUAGUGAUUUAAUAGUUGACCCAAGAAAAUUUUAUAUCUUAAACACAAGAAAAUUUAUUCAUCAGAUCAGAAAUCAAGAGCUCAAGACUCUAGCUGCAGCUAAGCUAGACUCUCACGGUAGUGAUCACAUCAAGGAUGGUGUUGGAAAGAUCAUAGUUGGACUAUUCCUUGAUAACUCUAAUUAUAUUGACAAAAGUGAGAAUUUUGAAAACACAGAAAUUCUCUCUUUGUCCCAAAUAAAAGAAAAGCUGAAGGAAAUGUAUGACCAAGUUGCAGAAGAAGAUAAAGCAAGUGCUGAUUUGAUAAAGCAACUAUAUGUUGAUGAAAUCAAGCUCAAAGCGAAUCUUGAUAGGAUCCAGAGUGAUAGCUUGGAAUGACUCAAGAAAGAGAAUGUAGACCCAGUCACAGGAGAACCAUUUUACUCAAUCAAAGUUCAUCAUAUGGUUAACGUGUUACAAGAAAGGUGCUGAGAGAAAAUUAUUGAAGAGACCUUCGAUACUUACCAUAAGAGAGUCUACAAAAUCCUUAGCCAUAGAGGAUAUCUUGAUGAAAAUGAAGUAGUCAGAGAGUGUUUCAUGCCACCAAGAGAUGUCAGAAGAAUCCUCAACGCUCUGUUCCAAGAAGGAAUUAUCGAAACCCAAGAAGUACCUAAUAAAAGUGGGAAUAUGGUGAGCCUCUUUAGUACAAACUUUAAGAAAGUUAGGCUUCAGUAUUACACAAAAAUGAUUAAGAUGCUUCUUAAUUGCAAGAAAAGACUUGAGUUCAUAAGACAAAAACUGAAUGAUAAAUCCAUGACCUGGACUCUAGAUGAAGAGGAAGCCAACAGAAAUGCUAUCUAUAAGCUGGAAUAUUUCUGUAGUGAUCUUGAAAGAUCGAUCAUGAUCUUCAGUGAGUUCUAAGCUGUCUCAGUCAUUACCAACAUAUCUUCAACCA